GGCUGCGCGGCGCCAUUUCGUGCCGCUCUGCGGGGGAGGGAGGAGUUGCGGCUUCCGUGAGGGAGCGGCGGUUGCUGUUGUCCGGUGUUGGUGUGAGGAGGAUGUUUCACCAAAAAAUGGCAAAGAAGUAUUUUUCUCACGUGAAACAUAUGAAAAAUAUUCACUGGCUCCGAGCCUCUUGGAACUAUGGAAUUUAUCAAACAGAAUGGCAAAGAAAGACGUGGAUGUAUUGGCAAAUUCUUCAGGAAACAAACAGACUUGUAACAUACAGGCUACAAAUCCAGUUGAGGUGGAGGCUAAAACCACAACUGAUGAACAUCCUUUUCCAGAACCUAGACUUCCCUAUCCAUUUACCUCUUGUCUGACUGAGAAGGAGCAGAAAACAUAUUUAUAUCUGAUGACUAAGUUCUCAAAAAAACCAAGUCAUUUUCCUCUCAAUGGAGCAAGUCAAAGAGAAUUGCUCACAUACCUGAAAAUGAAAGAAGUAGUAAACAAUGAAGUUGCAGAAUUUAUGAAAUUCGCCCAAAAUGCUGCAAAAAGCUGCACUCAAGACUAUGAUAAUAUCUCUGAAGAUGCACUACUUUAUACUGAGCAAUUAUUCAGGGCUUGCAUUGGACAUGUGGAAAAGUAUCCUGAGCUUUACACAUUACAUGAGAUCAUGAGUAUCAUGGGAGGAAAAUUUAACACGCAAUUGACCUUUAAGCUGGAAAAAAAUCUUCUUGUUAUGGGUACAGCAAGAUAUGCUAAAACAGCAUUCCCUACCAUGCCUGUUCAGCUCUGCACAGAUUAUAAAACUGUUACAUCUAUUAUAACUCCAGAAAAAAAGGCUUCUAUUAUGCACAAUGAUAUUAGUUCAGAUUCAAACGUGGAAAAGCUUGCUUUGAAAUACUCUCCUCGAGUUGUUUUAAGUAAUCAGUCAUUAUUUACGCUACUGAAUAAUCAUGGACUAAAUUACAAGGAACAGUGGGAAAUUCCAGUUUGUAUUAAGAUGAUCCCUGUUGCAGACAGCAAAGCAGCUAAAGUGGUUUACAUUGACUCACCUCUUCUGAAAAAGGAAAUGACAGUAAGAGAGAGGAACCAAAUCUUCCAUGAAAUUCCAAUGGACUUCCUAGCAACUAAAAAGUCUUACGUAUCAAUUUCUGAUGUUUUGAUGGACAAACCAGAUGAGGACAAUCUGUUGCAAUGGGAUGUGUCUUCUGAUACUUACCAGUACAGGAAGAUCCCUCUUACAGAUGAUGCAGGGAUGGACUUUGAUGAUGAUUUUACAGAACUGGAAACUUUUGGAGCAGCUGUCAAACUCUCAAGGACGUCUAAAACAGAAAAAACUUCUCCAGUUAGUAACACCGAUAAAGUUUUGUCGUGUGACCUACAAACAGGAAAAAAGCUGACAUCUACCAUAAACAGUGAAGCUCAAGAGAGAAAAACGCUUCUUUCUGAGCAAGGAUUUUCAGCGUUUUCCAGAACGCAGCUUCCAUCAUGUGGCAGUGUAUGCCUCAGUCCUGAAGGAAAUUCAUCUCAUAAAAACUUUCAUUCUGAGGAGGCAGAAUUGAACAAAGCACAGGAUGUCAUGGCUAAAAAAAUAUCAGACAGUGAAACAAAUACUUUAUCUCCUGCUGUAAGUUUCAGAAAAGACUCUCGUGCUGCACAGAAAAAUGAAAUGUAUGCUCCUUUAUGCAGUAGUGACACCGAUGAAGAUCGUUUAAUAAUUGAUACAGAACAUAAAAAUACUAAAUGCAAAAAAACUGUUCUAAACACUGUUUCUCAGACCUUGGCCCAGACUUCCAAGUCACCUUCCCCCACCCCAAAUCCGUCAGCAAGCACGGCUGAUUGCUCAGAAACUGUGCAUCAGGGGAAGAAUGCCUCCAGAAAGGCUCCAAGAAGGUUGUCCAAAGAAUUUGAUCCCGUUGGACAGAUUUUGAAAAUGCAAACAGAACUCCUCAAGUCACCUACCCAAAAAGCUCAUGAGCAGCCAGUAGUGAGCUGUGAUAAUGCUAAUGCUGCACAAACUCGUGAGCCUCAAUCUUCAAAACCAUCAGUGAUCUCCCACACAGCACCUGGGCUGGGCCCUGCCCCAAAUCCUCAUGGCUCAUCUAGGAACACCUGGACGUGCCUUUUCCAGGGAGCACCAAGGAGAAAGCUGCCAGAUGAACUUCAGAUGCUCGUGGAAGACCCUGCAGAGUAUAAAGCACCUCAGGAUGGCAACCUGGUGUAUAAGCUGUUCAGUUUGGAUGACCUGUUGUUACUUGUGCGUUGCAAUGUGCAAAAAGUGAGAUCAUUGCCACGUUUCAAUAAAAAGAAGAAAGCUCAAAAGCUUAUUCCAGUAUUCUUAUUGCCUAAACUGGAAUACCAAGCCUAUUAUGGUGUCGAAGCUCUUACAGAAAGUGAAGUAUGUCAGUUGUGGACAGAAAGUAUGCUGCAUUCUGAAUGUUUAUUUUAUAUUGGGCAUAUUGAUGUUCUUACAUCAAAACUUAUUAUGCUAGAAAAGAUUUCUCCAAAGAUAUUAAGAGAAAAACUUGGAUUGAUUAAGCCAGCAAAUUCAUUGAAUAUACUUCAUCACAUUCUGAAGAAAGUGUCUGAUUUGCAGGAGGGCUCUUAUCUAUUGACUCACGCUGCAGGAGAUUCAUCAGUUGCAAUCUACAAGAGUUCUCUUGACAAGGCAACGAGAGCUUCAUACAACUUACAUAAGGCUCACAGUGAUCUGCCGACAGUACCUGCCAUGCUCUCAGUCCCUUGGGUGCCACUAGAUCCCAGCCUCCCUUUGCCCUAUCACAUGAAACAUGGAAGAGUCCCGUGCACCUUUCCGCCUGCACCCCAAGAAGACAUAUGGAAACAGAAGAUGACUGGGGUGAAAGGACAGUCGGACACACCCUACGAGGGAAAGCCAGUAACUAUGGAAACAAAAGGCAAUCCAGCUAAGCCUGUUAGAAAUGAAGGUGUGGCUGCAAAGAAGCUGAAGAAUUACUGCAAACAAAGAAUGAUGAAGAAAAAGUGGAAAAUGAAGCAAAACAAAACACAGCCUGUGAUUGGUGAAGUAAAAAUGGAGGAUUAUGCAACAUCGUGGACUAAAGUUUAAUGUGAGUUUGUUGCUUUGCCUAAAUUGCAGCUUUUUACUCCAACAUGAUCUCUGUAUUUAAAGUCAAAUUACAUUCUUAUUUUCUCUAAUAACAGUUCAGCAACAUUCCAUUCAGUGAAAUGGGUCUAAUAGCAGAAUGUGUUAGUAAAUACUCUUUAAUUUGAGGCAAAUGUUGUACAAAAGUAUACUUCGGUUUGCAUAAAACAAAGUUCCAUUUAAAGGAGUUUGAUAAAAGGAGAAAUAGGAAGGGGUAACAUGUUUAUUUUGGGCACCAACAUCUGAACUUUGAAACAAAGAAAAUAAAUAAUAUCAUUAGGUUUAAAAAAAAGAAAAAUCAAGUCUGAGAAUGCAUUACGUAUCAGUUGAUGAAUCUCUGAUUCUGUACAGGCUAAUCCCAAAGGAGCAGUUACCUGUGGAGGGAAGGAAUACAGGGGAGCCUGACUGUUACGGUACCACCAGAGCAUGAAUUCUUAAAUCUAACACAGCCUGUAAAGCUGUGUAAUAAGUGCUUGCAAACUUCAUUUGCGUUGUGCACUGAUGGAUCACUGAUGCACUGCUUUCAUUGCCACGUGUUGCUGGAGAGACCUCUUCACCAUGUCUGGGUGACUGAAAAAAUGUUAGAAAAAUGUUUACUGCGUUUCUUCAGUGUCUUGUAAUGUAGCCUAGCAGGUGGAACCAUAGAUACAAACCAGGACUGUGGGACAGGGCAUCUACUCCUGUGCUGGCAAGUGGGAGCUACCAGCAAGUGAUUAGCAACCCAGUGCCGUGAAGUUCAAUACCAAACACUGAACUGUUUGUACAGUGAUUUGGAGAGUCAAAAGGCAGGACUGCUCAGUAAGGCAGCGAUCCGACUGCUCGCGCACCGUGCCACAGCACACGCUCCAGCGUUCCAGUUUCUAACUCGGUCUGCUCAUAAACAUACCACCUGCCUGCACCCGGGCUGGAGUGGCAAAUGCCACCUAUGCUUACCUAAUAUAGCGUGUUGUGAAGUGCACAUGUAACAAAAUAGGUAAGAGGUGUCUAGUACAAAAGAUCACUCCAGAGAGAAAUGUAGUUCUUUAAGAAGAACUCUUUCGAGUAAAUACAGUUCUGAGCAGAGAGUCAUGUUUGUACAGGGAUAUGCAUGUAUGUGUAGGAAAUUAGAUUACAUAGAACAGAAUGGAUCUCAGAGGUUAGGAUGCUAAAUGGAGCAUAUAUCUAGAACUAUAUCUAUUUCCCUGGUAUUGUAUUAGAUAAAUGAUGACAUUGGUAUUCAACACACUUCUCAAAAACAUACGGCAGUAUUACAGUUCUGUAAGAUUUAAAGUAAGUCAAAAAUGAAAAAUUUUGCAUUUCACAGAAAGAAAAUAAGAACUUAAGUACUUCCAGUGUUUAGAAUUUUCCUAAUUUAGUUCAGGUGUGCUUUUAGGAGUCUGCCGUAGCUAUAGAUUCAAUAACAUGCCAAGUUAUUAUCCUGGGAGCCCAACUAGCAUAACUGUGAGAUUGUACUUUACUUUCUUUGUAACGUGUGAUCACUCAUAACAAAUCUAUAUGUAUCUGUAUCAGGGCAGUUCCCAAGAUAGACCAAAUAACCAAGAUUAAAAAAAAAAAAAAAAUCCAGAGGUCUGUCUGCUCACGCAGAAUGGAAUUUAUAUUACCCUCUUGCAACAUACU